AUGAGGGAAAGGAAGGCAACAGAUCCACUCCAUUCAUCCACAGAUCUGACUGAAGGGAAGGAGAAGUUAAGACUGAAACAAGAGGUCGGCCUGAUUAGCAGCGUGUCAUUAAUUGCAGGUACCAUGAUAGGCUCAGGGAUCUUUAUGUCCCCUGAGUGGGUACUGCACCACAUGGGGAACCCUGCCAGCAGCCUGCUGAUCUGGGCAGCAUGCGGUCUCCUGGCCAUGUUUGGAGCCUUGUCGUACGCUGAGCUUGGAACAAUAAUUAAAGAGUCUGGAGGAGAAUAUAUUUACAUUUUGAGGAUUUUUGGUUCCUUUCCUGCUUUCCUUUUCGCCUACACUUCUGUCAUCCUGGUGAGACCAGCUGGUUUGGCAGCUGUCUGUCUGAGCUUUGCUGAGUACGCCAUUGCGCCGUUCUACCCAGGGUGCUCAUCUCCGCAGGCUGCCGUCAAAUGUACAGCUGCUGCCUGCAUCCUGAUAUUAACUAUCAUCAACUGCCUCAACGUGAGGCUGGCAACAUCUGUUAUGAACGUUUUUACAGCUGCCAAACUCUUGGCUUUGUUGGUGAUCGUGGUGGGUGGGUUGGUGCUGCUUGCCAAGGGACAAACUCAGAGUUUUCAGAAUGGUUUUGAAGGCACCACUGCAGGUAUUGGGGCAGUUGGAGUGGCGUUUUACCAGGGGCUCUGGUCCUAUGAUGGAUGGAACAACCUAAAUUAUGUAACUGAGGAACUGAAGAAGCCUGAGGUGACCCUUCCCAGAGCUCUGAUGAUUGCCAUUCCUUUGGUUACGUGCCUGUAUUUGCUGGUAAACGUGAGCUACCUGGCAGCCAUGACUCCCACUGAGCUGCUGUCCUCAGGAGCUGUGGCCGUCACCUGGGGGGACAAAGUCCUGGGCAGCUGGGCAUGGCUCAUCUCCCUGUCGGUGGCCCUGUCCACGUUUGGUUCCUCGAAUGGGACGUUCUUCAGCGGAGGCCGCGUGUGCUACAUUGCUGCCAGGGAGGGCCACAUGCCAGACAUUCUGUCUAUGGCUCAUGUGCGACGCCUCACGCCCUCCCCUGCUCUACUGUUCACAUCUGCCAUGUCUUUAGUAAUGAUAAUAUCAGGGAGCUUCACCAGCAUUGUCAACUUCUUCAGUUUUAUUGCAUGGCUUUUCUAUGGAAUGACUAUUUCUGGGCUCCUGUAUUUAAAAAUCAAGAAACCAGAACUGCCAAGAUCUUACAAGGUCCCAAUUAUCAUCCCCAUAAUUGUGCUGAUGGCAGCUGUGUACCUGGUGUUAGCUCCCAUCAUUGAUCAGCCCCAAAUAGAGAUCCUCUACAUCGUCCUGUUCAUUUUCAGUGGCAUCAUUUUUUAUUUCCCACUGGUUCGCUUCAAGUACCACCCUCGCUUCUUACAGAGAAUCACUUUGCACCUCCAGUUGUUGCUGGAAGUUGCUCCAACUACCAGGGAUGCAAACUGA